AUGAAGAAGGCCGUCCUAAAAGACAAAAAAGAAACACAAACUGGCUUCAACGUCAAGUCAUCUGUGCACAACUUGAGCAAAACUCAGCAGACCAAACUCACUGUGGGGAACCUAGGCUUGGGCCUGAUCGUCAUCCAGAACGGGCCCUACCUCCAGAUCACCCACCUCAUCAGGAAUGGGGCUGCGGCCAGGGAUGGAAAACUCAAGCCAGGUGAUGUUCUGAUUAGUGUUGGCCAUGCCAAUGUGUUAGGAUAUACUCUUCGAGAAUUUUUAAAACUUUUGCAACACAUCACCAUAGGAACAGUACUACAGAUCAAGAUUUACCGAGAUUUUAUUGACAUACCCCAAGAAUGGCAAGAAAUCUAUGAUUUAAUCCCUGAGACCAAAUUCCCAGUAACUCGCCCAACAAAGAAAACUGAGGAGUCAAAAGAUGACCUUUUGGCAAGCAGUGAUGACAACGAAGAUGUAGUUUCAGAUAAAAAACUUAAGUAUUAUAAAGACCCAGGGUCCCCUGGGCCUCAGUCUGCAACAAGACCAAUGUCUAUCUCCAGAGAGUGGCAUGGAUAUAAAAAGGAGAACCAUACCAUUAGUGUAGGGAAAGACAUUCAGAGUGACGUGAUGAUUCACAGAGAUCACAAGAAAGAAGUGAGAGCCCCUUCUCCAUACUGGACAAUGGUGAAGCAUGACAAGGAAAGCUCUUCCUCCUCCACCGCCUCCUCCACCUCAGAUGCAUUUUGGAUGGAAGACUACGCCCAGGCUGAAAAGAGCAAGGAUCCACCUGUAUCGAAAGCUCCCACCCAGGCUGAAAAGAGCAAGGAUCCACCUGUAUCGAAAGCUCCCACCCAGGCUGAAAAGAGCAAGGUUCCACCUGUAUCGAAAGUUCCCACCCAGGCUGAAAAGAGCAAGGUUCCACCUGUAUCGAAAGUUCCCUCCCAGACUGAAAAGAGCAAGGUUCCACCUGUAUCGAAAGUUCCCUCCCAGACUGAAAAGAGCAAGGUUCCACCUGUAUCGAAAGUUCCCACCCAGACUGAAAAGAGCAAGGUUCGACCUGUAUCGAAGGUUGCUUAGGAGGCAGUCUGCAAGUUGGUGAUCACAUAAGCAUCUAUCUUGAACACACCCAACUUUUGUGCAUUGCUCUGUACAGGUUUGCUAUACUUACAGUAAUAUGUGCAGACUUCACAAUUCUUUCACAAGUGCAUUGUAAUGCCUUCAGAGACCUUCUUCCAUGUGAUAGCCAAACACUGCCCUGGGGCUGGACAGGCCUCACCACCUUAUUCUCAAAAUAGCAAUGUCAUUCACAUCCUUCACACACUCCCUUCCGAGAAGAACGUCUCAUCUUUUACAGCAUGCAGCAGAGGAACCCAGGA